AUGGCUACUUGCGGCGACCCUAACUGGCAGGACGCGAAAUGGGCAUUUUAUCGAUAUGAGCCUUCAGCAACGGCGGCAGCUAUUUUCAGUGUGCUCUUUGGCAUCACUCUUGCCAUCCAUGUCGCACAACUAUAUAUAACGAGGACUUGGUAUCUUCUUGCACUCGUCAUCGGCUGUAUAUGUGAAUUCAUUGGUUACAUUAGCCGAAUUAAGAGUGGCCUAGAAGAUCCCGGAUGCUGGAGCCUCAGUCCUUAUAUCAUACAAAGCUGCCUCAUUCUUAUCGCACCGACACUCAUGGCCGCAUCGAUCUAUAUGAUUCUUGGCCGUAUCGUUGAGUUGACGAAUGGAGAGUCAUACAUUCCCAUUCGACGACGAUGGCUUACCAAAGUUUUCGUCGGCGGCGACGUCAUAUCACUGUUCUUCCAAUCAUCUGGAGGCGGUUUGAUGGUUAUAGGCGGUACUGCCAGCAACAUUGGCAAAUAUUUAAUCAUCAUCGGUCUAUUUGUGCAGCUUGGCUUCUUUGGAGCCUUCGUCGUCUUCGCGGGCAUGUUCCAUCGCCGAAUGAGUAACGCACCUACAGCUCAAGCAAGUGCCCCCGAAGUUCGCUGGAAGCAUUACCUGGUUACACUAUACGUAACAGGUGUUAUGAUCUGGGUGCGGAGUCUGUUUCGAGUUAUAGAGUACCUCCAAGGCACCGAUGGAACUUUAGUCAGAUCGGAGGUAUAUUUAUACGUCUUUGAUGCCGCAUUGAUUCUAAUAGCAAUGCUUUGGAUGAAUUGGUAUCAUCCUAGCGAGAUCGGUAUCCUUCUUCGCGGACAGGAACCAAAAGCAAAUGGAAUAAAACUUCUAACUGGGGUGUUUACCGGAGUAAAGGAAAGACGCGAAGGCUCAGAUACGACUGAGAAAUAA